CUCCAUCCGCUCCCAUUCCGGCUCCAUCCGUCCCCAUUCCAGCUCCAUCCGCUCCCAUUCCGGCUCCAUCCGUCCCCAUUCCAGCUCCAUCCGCUCCCAUUCCGGCUCCAUCCGUCCCCAUUCCAGCUCCAUCCGCUCCCAUUCCGGCUCCAUCCGUCCCCAUUCCAGCUCCAUCCGCUCCCAUUCCGGCUCCAUCCGUCCCCAUUCCAGCUCCAUCCGCUCCCAUUCCGGCUCCAUCCGUCCCCAUUCCAGCUCCAUCCGCUCCCAUUCCGGCUCCAUCCGUCCCCAUUCCAGCUCCAUCCGCUCCCAUUCCGGCUCCAUCCGUCCCCAUUCCAGCUCCAUCCGCUCCCAUUCCGGCUCCAUCCGUCCCCAUUCCAGCUCCAUCCGCUCCCAUUCCGGCUCCAUCCGUCCCCAUUCCAGCUCCAUCCGCUCCCAUUCCGGCUCCAUCCGUCCCCAUUCCAGCUCCAUCCGCUCCCAUUCCGGCUCCAUCCGUCCCCAUUCCAGCUCCAUCCGCUCCCAUUCCGGCUCCAUCCGUCCCCAUUCCAGCUCCAUCCGCUCCCAUUCCGGCUCCAUCCGUCCCCAUUCCAGCUCCAUCCGCUCCCAUUCCGGCUCCAUCCGUCCCCAUUCCAGCUCCAUCCGCUCCCAUUCCGGCUCCAUCCGUCCCCAUUCCAGCUCCAUCCGCUCCCAUUCCGGCUCCAUCCGUCCCCAUUCCAGCUCCAUCCGCUCCCAUUCCGGCUCCAUCCGUCCCCAUUCCAGCUCCAUCCGCUCCCAUUCCGGCUCCAUCCGUCCCCAUUCCAGCUCCAUCCGCUCCCAUUCCGGCUCCAUCCGUCCCCAUUCCAGCUCCAUCCGCUCCCAUUCCGGCUCCAUCCGUCCCCAUUCCAGCUCCAUCCGCUCCCAUUCCGGCUCCAUCCGUCCCCAUUCCAGCUCCAUCCGCUCCCAUUCCGGCUCCAUCCGUCCCCAUUCCAGCUCCAUCCGCUCCCAUUCCGGCUCCAUCCGUCCCCAUUCCAGCUCCAUCCGCUCCCAUUCCGGCUCCAUCCGUCCCCAUUCCAGCUCCAUCCGCUCCCAUUCCGGCUCCAUCCGUCCCCAUUCCAGCUCCAUCCGCUCCCAUUCCGGCUCCAUCCCUCCAUCCGCUCCCAUUCCGGCUCCAUCCGUCCCCAUUCCAGCUCCAUCCGCUCCCAUUCCGGCUCCAUCCGUCCCCAUUCCAGCUCCAUCCGCU